AUGCGCUUGUUCCCAUGUUUGUUUGUCGUUAAUCCAGAGCCGGAUUUUCUCCGCCGACGAUUUGCAGCCAUAGUCUCACUACCUGGCCCUAGGUCUCUGGGCCGUCUUGCUCUACACUUUUAUAGAGUUUUGCCCAAACCUAACCCGCGACCUUCUGCCCAACUGACCCCGCCGCCUCUUCUGCGUGGUGGUUUAUUUACCUGUUUUCCACACACCUAUUUUCAUUGCCUCCAAUUUACCUUCUUCCUCUUAACUUCUGAGUCCACCGCCUCCCACUGUCCAAGUUCUGACGAAGUGGGAGUCAUUCGGCCGCCAAAUCCGUCAGUCUUCGCCUCGACAGUAUAUGUUGCAGAGUUGCAUGUUCCUCCCAGGGAGGCGCAGGAGGUUGCAUUUGAUGACUAA